GGCGCGCCUGGGCGCCACAUUUGGGGUCCUGACAGUGAAAACUAUCAAGCGCCGUUGUCAUUUACCAACUAAACUUAUGAAUAUAAACACAAACACAUGAGGUGCCGUUAUGCCUGCUGAACGUAAAAAAUCUGUAAACAUGGAUGAAAAAGAGGCGAGCAACAAGGACAGGGAUGCAGAGAGACAGGCUGGCACAUCUCGCGAGAAGAGUAAAGACGAGAGCAAAAUGAGCGGAAAGAAAGACGGAGGAAAGACGGCGGAAGAGAAGAAGAGAAGAGCGGAGGAGGAGAGGAAAAGAAAGGAGGAGAAAGAGAAGAAGAAGAAAGAGGAGGAGAAGCAGAAAGCCGAGGAGGAACAGAGAAAGAAAGAGGAAGAUGAAAAGAGACAGCAGGAGGAGGAGGAGAAAAGGCUGCUGGAGGAAGAAGCUAAACGACAGAAAGAGGAGGAGGCUGCUCAACUCAAGGAGAAGGAGGAGGCUGAGCAACUCCACCAGGAGGCGUGGGAACGGCACCACAGCAGGAAGGACCUCCGUGUAAAGAACCAACACGCACAAGAGACGCGUCCAGAGGAGGCUUUCUUCAGCCGGCUAGACUCCAGUCUGAAGAAGAACACAGCGUUUGUCAAGAAGCUCCGCACGCUCACAGAGCAGCAGCGCGCCUCCCUCUCGCAAGACUUCAACUCUCUCAACCUUAGCAAAUACAUCGGUGAGGCCGUGAGCUCCAUGGUAGAGGCCAAGCUGAAAAUCUCCGACGUGGGCUGCGCUGUCCACCUCUGCUCCCUGUUCCACCAACGCUACACGGAUUUUGCUCCGCUGCUGUUGGCUGCCUGGAAAAGAAACUUCGAGGCCAGAAAAGAGGAGAAGACGCCCAACGUGAGCAAGCUGCGGACCGACCUGCGCUUCAUCGCCGAGCUCACCGUCGUGGGGCUGUUCACGGAUAAGGAGGGUCUCUCGCUCAUCUACGAGCAGUUGAAAAACAUCAUCGGUGUCGACCGAGAGACGCACACCCACGUGUCCGUCAUCAUCAGCUUCUGCAAGCACUGCGGAGAUGACGUCGCCGGCCUGGUGCCCCGGAAGGUCAAAAACGCUUCGGAGAAGUUCGGCUUGUCCUUUCCGCCCAGUCAGAUCAUCAGUGCAGAGAAACAACAGCCGUUCCAGAACCUGCUGAGGGAAUAUUUUACCUCGCUCACCAAACACCUGAAGAAAGACCACAGAGAAUUACAAAACAUUGAGAGACAGAACAGGCGUAUUCUGCACUCCAAAGGAGAGCUCAGUGAAGACCGACACAAGCAGUAUGAGGAGUUCGCCACCUCCUAUCAGAAGCUUUUGGCAAACACACAGACUCUGGCUGAUCUACUGGAUGAGAAUAUGCCUGAACUUCCUCAAGAUAAAACUGUCCAGGAAGACCACGGUCCAGGCAUUGAUAUCUUCACUCCAGGAAAGCCAGGAGAGUAUGACCUGGAGGGCGGGAUUUGGGAGGAUGAGGAUGCUCGUAACUUCUACGAGAAUCUGGUUGAUCUGAAAGCGUUUGUUCCCGCCAUUCUUUUCAAAGACAAUGAGAAGAGCAGUCAGAGCAACAAAGAGGAGCGUGAGGGGAACAGUACAGAGGAGUUGGAGAUGGAGCUGGAGGCUCUGGACAUCACGGAUGACCCUUUGGAUCUGGACGUAGCUGAUGAGACUGAGAGUGAAGAACUGGCAAAAAAAAUACUGGAUGAACAAGAACAAGAGGAUGAGGAGGCCAGCACCGGCUCUCAUCUCAAACUCAUUGUGGAUGCCUUUAUCCAGCAGCUGCCAAACUGCAUCAACAGAGACCUAAUUGAUAAGGCCGCGAUGGACUUCUGUAUGAACAUGAACACAAAAUCUAAUCGCAGAAAGUUGGUUCGGGCUCUCUUCACUGUUCCCAGGCAAAGGCUGGAUCUUUUGCCGUUUUACUCUCGUCUGGUGGCCACUCUCCACCCGUGUAUGUCUGAUGUGGCAGAAGAUCUCUGCUCGAUGCUCAAAGGAGAUUUCCGCUUCCAUAUCAGAAAGAAAGACCAAAUUAACAUCGAGACCAAGAAUAAGACGGUGAGGUUUAUCGGGGAAUUGGCCAAAUUCAAGAUGUUUUCCAAAACCGACACACUGCACUGUCUCAAGAUGUUGCUGUCUGAUUUCUCUCAUCAUCAUAUCGAGAUGGCCUGCACACUUCUGGAGACAUGUGGACGAUUUCUGUUCCGCUCACCAGACUCUCACCUGCGCACCAGCGUUUUACUGGAUCAAAUGAUGCGUAAGAAACAGGCUCAGCAUCUGGAUGUGCGUUACAUCACGAUGGUCGAGAACGCCUAUUAUUACUGUAACCCUCCGCCAAUGGAGAAGACUGUCCGCAGGAAGAGACCGCCCCUGCAGGAGUAUAUCCGCAAGCUCCUCUAUAAAGAUCUGUCAAAGGUCACCACUGAGAAAGUGUUAAGACAGAUGAGGAAGUUACCGUGGCAUGACUCUGACAGUAAAGGUUAUCUUAUAUGCUGUAUGGUCAACAUUUGGAACGUCAAAUAUAACAGCAUCCACUGUGUGGCCAAUCUGCUGGCUGGAUUAGUGGCCUAUCAGGAGGACGUAGGCAUUCACGUGGUGGACGGCAUGCUGGAGGACAUUCGCCUCGGCAUGGAGGUAAACCAGCCCAAGUUUAACCAGCGGCGAAUCAGCAGCGCUAAAUUUCUGGGUGAGCUAUACAACUAUCGCAUGGUGGAAUCUGCCGUCAUCUUCCGAACUCUCUUCUCCUUCAUCUCGUUCGGUGUGAACGCUGACGGUUCUCCGAGUCUUCUGGAUCCCCCCGAGCAUCUGUUCCGUAUACGUCUGGUCUGCACCCUCCUGGACACCUGUGGUCAGUACUUUGACCGUGGAUCCAGCAAGAAGAAGCUUGACUGCUUCCUUAUCUACUUCCAGAGGUACGUCUGGUGGAAGAAAAGUUUAGACGUGUGGACUAAAGACCAGCCAUUCCCCAUCGAUAUCGAGUACAUGAUCACAGACACACUGGAGCUACUGCGACCCAAAAUGAAGCUGUGCUCGUCUCUGGAUGAAGCUUGUGCUCAGGUCACUCAGCUGGAGAGAGAGUUCCUCAUUAAACUGGGUCUGGAAAAAGACGGCCGCUCCUCCAGCAUGAUGGGGGAGAACGAGGCUCUGGAUGAAGAGGACGAUGAUGAUGAAGAUGACGGGGGUGCAGAGACAGAGGAACAGUCUGGAAACGAGAGCGAGAUGAAUGACCCUGAGGAAGAGGAGGGCUCCGAGAAUGAGGAAGAGGAACAUGAGGAGGAAGAGGAGAACACCGACUAUCUGACGGACUCCAACAAAGAGAACGAGACAGACGAGGAGAACAACGAGGUGACAAUCCGCGGUGGCGGGCUCAAACACGUGGCGUGUGCAGAGGAUGAAGAUUUUAUCCAGGCGCUGGACAAGAUGAUGCUGGAAAACUUGCAGCAGCGCAGUGGAGAGGCAGUGAAGGUCCAUCAGCUGGAUGUGGCGAUUCCACUGCAGUUAAAAAGUCAGCUGAAGAAAAGCCCCGCCCCCUCCUGUACUGCAGAGGCUGACGCUGACAUAAGUGACACCAUGCCGUUUGUCAUGCUCACACGGAAAGGCAACAAACAGCAGUUUAAGAUCCUGAAUGUGCCGCUAUCGUCUCAUCUGGCCGCAAAUCACUUCAACCAGCAGCAGGCCGAGCAGGAGGAGCGUAUGCGAAUGAAGAAACUCACGCUGGACAUCAAUGAGCGUCAGGAACAGGAGGAUUAUCAGGAGAUGAUGCAGUCUCUCGCUCAGAGGCCGGCGCCCGCCAACACAAACAGAGAGCGCAGACCGCGAUACCAGCAUCCGAAAGGAGCGCCGAACGCUGAUCUUAUAUUCAAGACCGGUGGCAGGAGACGCUGAUGAUCUCUAAAUGAGCGUUUGACGAAGUCAAAAUGAGAGUGAGACACAGAGACAGAUAGACAGCGGUGCUUUGGUCCCACCUGCUCUGGGAUGGAGAUCCACCCAUUAUGGACACGCCCAUCUGACUCCAGCCUCACCACGGCAACCAGAGAGGAGCACCAUCAGCUGAAGGAGAUGGAGAGAGAGUCCAACAAACGUACACACACACACACAUUUAUGGACACAGACAAUGUAGAAGUGUGUAGAAAUGUGAGGAAUGUGUGAGAUGAUGGCUUUGUCUCCAGUUUCUAUACACACACACAGAUAAUGCCAGACUGAGGCGUGUCUGAAUUGACACACACACAGUACAGUUUGAUGGUUUGAUAUGGUCCAAUGUUAAGCAGGAACUAAACGCAACGCUUUUGUUCUUCAGACAAAACUUCAGCUCAUCUUUGAGUUGCUUUACUCGCUCCGUUUUAUUCUUUCUCUGUAACCUCUGAGCUGAACCCUGUCUGAAUGUCAUACCAAACCUGCGUGGUUAACAGCAGCUGUUAACGUGUUUUGUGUUGCAGUAAAGUGACUUUCUUUGAGCUUGUGUCAUUUUUGUGUCCGCUCAGCAGCACAUACGGUACAGCGUGCUGUGUGCAGGUUAACUCACCAACUAGCGCAGGUGACGUUAUUGUAAGAGAGUCGCUCAGAAUGCAGUAGAACCGGACAGAGAUGUGUCUGUGGGUGGAACAGGUAAGUUCUGUCUCAUAGGUUUCACUGUCGGACUCGAGCUAGACGCACAGAAUCAUGAGAUGCGUGUUUGAUCCGAAGGCAUAUGCGUGUUAAUUUCCUUAAACAUUUUGAAUGCUUUUAAAUAUAAAGAUUUCAUUGACUAGUAGAUGUAAUUUGAUUCAAUUUGUUUUUGGUUGGGAUGUUCUGUCACCUGUGUUUGUUGUGCUUUGAAUCUCUUUGUGUCUGCAGUGAGACAUGAUGAUGGCUUGUGGUUUGAAAUGGGUUAUAAAGUGAUUUUGCUUUCUACGCUGACUUUUCACUCAGUUGCCUGAAUAAACAUCUCUGUCAAAGG